AGAGAGAGAGCGCUGGCGUUCUAGCUCGAGAUCAGUCGAGGUGAAGAGGGUAUGUGUGAAUCAAGACCCUAGAAACUUUCAUCCGGUAAAGCGUCGCUCACUUAUAUGGAGGAGACACUCAGCGGGAAAAUAUGGGAUGGAAGAGAUCAGGGUCGUCAUAUAGAGAUAGACAGAGAGAUGAACUUGGUACCUUCAAGCAUGUGGAUAUUGCUCCCAAGGAUGAACCAGACAAUGUUUCUGAGGUCUUGGCUGAUUUCUUUUGAUUUUCCCAUGAUGUCAAGCAAAGAGCCACUGAGUUUGAAGAUGACCACUUGCUGGCUCAGUUGAUGGUGUGUUUGUGAAAGCGGGCCACUAUGUCCCAGAUGCUUCAAGUGGAGAUCCCAAACUUCGGCAGCACGGUGCUGGGCUCGCUGAACGAGCAGCGCUUACUGGGGCAGUAUUGUGACGUCUCCAUCCUGGUUAAAGGUCAAGCCUUCAAAGCUCAUCGUGCGGUGCUGGCGGCGAGCAGCCUAUAUUUCCGUGAUCUGUUCAGCAGCAGUGCUAAAGCGCAGUUCGAGCUGCCCUCGUCUGUGACGCCGGCAUGUUUCCAGCAGAUCCUCAACUUCUGCUACACGGGCAAGCUCACCAUGGCGGCCAGUGAGCAGCUCGUGUUGAUGUACACUGCCGGUUACCUGCAGAUCCAGCACAUCGUGGAGCGCGGCAUGGAUCUGAUGUUCAAAGCCAACUCGCCGCACUGCGACUCGGCCACUGCCGCCAUGGAUGAUCUAGGCUCGGAGCCACAGAGUCCCAGUAACAACUCUGGCUCGGUGCUGGGACCACAGGGCUGGUCGCCCUUGCUGCCAGGCCAGACACGCAGAAUAAAGCUGGAGGUAUCCGAUCCACUGCUUAACCUCCAGAACAUCAGUGGUGGUAAAAGACCCUCAAACGGCGAAAGUGGGCGUUCAACACGGGGCGGCUCGCUGUUCUAUGCCGGAGCCGUGGGAGCAUUUCCACCUGGGGCCGUGCUUUAUCCUGUGGCCCCUGGAGAGCGCUCCAGUCCGGGAGCAUCCAGCCUGCCGACCACCGACAGUCCGACGUCAUACCAGAACGAGGAUGAGGAGCUUGAUGAAGAGCCCUUCGACACUGACGACACCUACAGUCAACUGUGUGGCCGCUCCGCUAACCCUUACGCAAUCACUGAGAAGCCUGAGAUGCCGCUGGCGCUGGAGAACCGUUCCUGUGUUCUGAUUCGUCGGGAUCUGGUGGCGCUGCCUGCCAGUCUAAUCAGUCAGAUUGGUUAUCGAUGCCACCCGAAACUCUAUACGGAGGGAGACCCGGGAGAGAAACUAGAACUAGUAGGAGGUACUGGUGUGUUCAUGACCCGAGGUCAGCUGAUGAACUGUCACCUGUGUGCUGGUAUCAAACACAAGGUGCUGCUCAGGAGACUGCUAGCUACCUUCUUCGACAGGAACACAUUAGCUAACAGCUGUGGGACGGGCAUUCGAUCUUCAACCAGUGACCCAAGCCGAAAACCACUAGACAGUCGAGUCCUGAAUGCUGUCAAACUGUACUGUCAGAACUUCGCACCUAAUUUUAAGGAAAGUGAGAUGAACGUCAUCGCAGCUGACAUGUGCACAAAUGCGCGGCGCGUACGCAAACGCUGGCUGCCCAAAAUCAAGUCCAUGUUGCCUGAUGGUAUGGAGGUGCAUCAGGGCUCUUCUGUGCCCACAGGUGUGGGUCUAGGCAUGAGCGGGGUCCCACUGGGCAUUCCCCUGCCCUUUGACAACCUGCUCCCCACUGGUCUGACCCUGGAACAGCGGCUCUACGCCGAGCGCAAAGAACCAAUGAGAACUCAUGUACCGCUGGACGAAGGUGACCCAGAGCCCCUACCCGAAGAGGAGCCUGACGAGGAGGAGGAAGCUCAGACCGACAGUCCUGAUGGGACAUUGGGGACAGCUCCUGUCGUUCCCAAAGCCAAGGGCGGGGUCAGUGUGACCACGCCUGCUGAUAGGCAGCAGAAGGAGGAGUUUGAGGAGGGCCUGAGAAUAAACGGGCAGUGAUUGGUUAGCUCUGCUCACUAGACUCAAAACAUGCCCCUUCAGUUCACAUAACCAUGUGAAUACACACUGAAGAGAGUGCGGAUUACUGGAACGGCAAACACAUACAGGCAUCUCGCAUGAAAAACAUAUGCAUAUGUUUCAGUUAACUGCUCAAAACCAGUGACAUUAAUAUGUUUAGUGAAUCAAAUCAUUUGAGCAGUGGCGCAAACGUUGGCCACAUGCUCGAGAACAGCGGUCAUGUGGUGUUGUGAUGAAAUGAUGCCAGUGGCACACACAGCGGGUGACCUUCAUUGUGAAACUCAAUCUAACGCUUUUGCAUGUUCCGUUCUUCAGAGCACUUUGGCACAAAUAUAGCACUAGAGUGAAUCUCAACAAAACAUGCCUAGAGUCACAUUUCACCCCAAAAUCAAGAGAGAAAAGACAUAUUGUAGUUUUUGUUAUAGUUUUUGCAUUGUGCCAUUAUUUUCAUGAUAUUUCUUCCCCAGUUUCUCUUUACUACAAUGCUCCCAGAUGAUUUACAAGUUUUUUUUGUCAUUUUUCUCAGUGAUGAUUCUGAUUAAAAUUCUCAAAAUAUCACUGCAACACAAUUAUUUUUUAUUUAGAAUGAAUUAAAGGUACUACAAUAAAUGCAUGCAUUUUAUAAGCAAAUACAUUUUACAACUAUAUUGUAAUACUAAAGUAAUAAUAAACAAAUAAAUAUUGUGUGUGUGUAUAUAUAUAUAUAUAUAUAUACAGCACCCCCCACUGUGGAAAAUUAUAUCACAAUGCAAAAAUCGGAAUACUUAAAAUUGGCUUUAUUUUUAUGCAAAAUAUAAUUUCUUAUUUUACAAUUAGUAAAUAAAUAUUAUACUAUGUUUUUUGUUAACUUUACAAUUUAAAUAAUAUAUAUUUUUUGCAUUAUGGAAAUGAGGAUGGGGGGUGUUUAAUUGUCAGGAAAAUAAUAGCACAAUGCAAAAAUCCUAAAAACUGGUUUUAUUUUCUUUAUGUAAAACAUAAUUUUUUAUUUCUGUCUUUUGAUUUUGGGUUAAAAUAUAGCAUGUUCUUGAGAAAUUUUACGAGAUUCACUCACUAUGUAGAGGAAUAACCUAAGGCAUAUGAAAAAUAAUGAAAUAAAAAAAAAAAACGUUAAUUGACGUUUUUCAUGUCAUGACAUAUUUCUUACUCAAAUGAUUGGUUUUAUUACUGUUGAUUUGAUGAAUUGUUUUGAAUGUUAACUUCAUUUGUCUUGUUUACAAAUGUUGACUGUACAUUUCAUAUAUUCCCUUUCCAAAUCAUAAUGCCUGUGUGUGUUUUGAGUAUCUAAACACUGACAUGCACAAACCGACAGACCCACACAUACACAUGUGACUUUACCAGUAAACACAUCUAUGACGUGACGAACACACGCUGAAGCAAUGAGCGCUCACUUAAACCGCUUGCAUGCAAAUUCAGAUUAGAAUCCGCAUUAUAAUCAGCAUCCCCCAUAUUAAAACAGCUACUUUUAACUUUAAGAUUGUUUAACGUACAAGGAGUGGCCAUUUUCUCAGAAUGCUGUGAGUUUACAGACGUCACAGACCCGGGAAGAGUUUUUUACUAUAUUUCUGAACUGUAAAUUGUCUCAUAAUGAAACUGGUAUGAAAUACUUUGCUGGCUUUAUACAUUUGCACUUAAUGACUUAAAGGAGCGGCCCAGAUCAACUGUUUGUACAAAGUGACUGGAGAUAUGUGCUGUGUCCUUCCCUCUGAUUGGCCGAUGGUUCUAGCGAAGACUGUUGUCUUGAGAGUGUUGCAAAGUUGCACAGUGACACAAGAGCGAUGUCGUCCUUCUGUUGGUGUUUCUUUUCACAGUUCACACCACGAUUGUGUUGUUUUCUUUGCCGUGUGCUUCUGUGCCCUGAAUGUUUUGCGUCACUUAUGAUGCACUAGAUAGUGUACACUAACAGAGCAAAGCCUCCCAAUGUCUUAUUGUCUAUUUUGUGACAGUCUUAAAGGUGAGAAAAAAUGUGGAAUAAUUUUACACUUCAGUGGUUGAAAAACAUGACGUGUGUUCCAGAAAACAGUUUAACUACUAUGUAAUUGCACUAUUGGGUGAAUCUCACAAAACACCUCAUAAAAUCAGAAGAAAGGCAUACAAAUUUAUAUUCUGCAUAAAGUAAAUGAUGCCUUUUUGCAGCACAACUUUAUAUAUAUAUAUAUAUAUAUAUAUAUAUAUAUAUAUAUAUAUAUAUAUAUAUUUUUUGGCAGUGUGACUUGAAAGCUUGUUUACCCCAAAAAACGUAUUACUAUAAUGUGACAGGAUGUUUUCUUUUGAAUAGUGAUUCACAUUAGAUUCGCAUUACUGUAAUAAUAAAGUAUUUUUUACAGAAUUACAUUUAAAAAAUAUUGUAAUACAAUGAUGUUUCUAAUUAAAUCUGCUACAGUACAAAUGAUGUAAUAACGAUUUAUAAUACUUUAACAUUUAAAUAAUAUAUCAUUAUAUAUCGUAAUGAGUAAUUUAAUUAUUUUUCUGCAUUACACUUUUCAAAAACAAAUCUUAAAGGUACUAAAAAGGUCUCUUUUUAUUUUAUUUUGGGGUGAAAUAUGACAAGGACAUGUUCUUGACAGGCAAUUAAUUAUUUUUUUGCAUUACAUUUAAAAAUAAAGUAAAAAAUGAUAUAAAUCUGAAUGGUUCUAAAAUAGGCUUCAUUUUCUUUAAACAAAGCAUUUUAUUUAUUUUUUAUUUAUUUUUUAUAUUAAUUAUCCUCUUUUUUUUCAUGAGAUUCACCCUAUUUUAUGACACACACACACACAAAAAAAAAAACAAAAAAAAUAUGUUAUUUUCAAUGAAAGUUGGAAUAGUAAGAAUAUACUUACAGCCAUGCAGCACAUUACACAAUACUGUAAAUGUCAGAAUCUUCAGGUAUGACGUGUUGUCACAGUUGUAGUAGAUUUGGAAAUAAAAAUGAUUUAAUCGUCUAAAGAAUUACAUCCAGUUCCACUAAUUUGGCCCUAAUGUAUUUUAAGAGUGUUUUGUCAGGGUUAAAUUGCCUAAUUAAUGCCAUAUACAUUUGUUCAUGUUGAUGACAUGCCUAACUGAUAUUUUGUGUCGAGACAGAUUGGUGCUGUAUUAAGAAAAUCUGGAAGGUUUUAAAGGUUUGUAGUUUCUUCGGAAGGGCUUAAAGCUGUUUUCUCAAUAUUUAACGCCGUCUAAUUGUAUUAAUUGGAGCAUCAUUCUUCAGUUGAACCUUGAUAUGAGGCCUAAUCAAAAAUAUUUUCAGUCAAAUAACGAUGGCAAAUAUAUAAUUGCCAUUUUAUGGGGGAGAAAUCGCCUCUUUUGAUUCAUGAUGAUUAUGGUAAUGGUUUGGGAUGUUGAUUCUUUUUUUGUGAGUUACUGAGUUUAAAGAACUUGUGCCUUACUGUGACUACUGAUACGAUUGUAACUACCUGAUCUCAUGUACCAUGACAUUUUUGCCUUUUUAGGGUGUGGAAAAAAUAUUUAAACCUUUAUUUUGAAUAAUUUGUGAAGACAUUGAAGAAAAUGAUGCAAAAAAGUGAUUUUUUUACGCAAUUGCUUGUUGUUUAUCACAAAUUUAGUUUGAACACGCCUGAUGAUUCUGACAAUAACUGACAAAUGUGCUGUUAAUCAUGGCUUGACAAUCCUGUUAUAUUUAUUGUUUAUGCAGUUUGUGACUAUUUUGAGGGAUUGCAAUACAUUUCUAAAGGUAGAAAUAGUUGGCCCAACAUUAAAAUGUGCAAAUAUAUACUAAUGAACUAAUAUCAGCAAGGCCAGUUCUUACAUGAGUAUUUUUAAGCACAUCUUUUCUAUCUUUCAUUAUGUACACAUAACUCCCACACAGACAUUUUGACAGAUGUGCAGAUGUCCAACCUUCUAUUUUGUUUAUUUUUUUAAUCUAGGUGGAUCUGAAUUUAUGCAGAAUGAGGAAGCUGUGUGUUGUAAUAGUAAUAUUGCUGUCCAAAUGUAUGUAACAUGCACAUUUAUAGAGCUCUGUUUCGAUUGUAGAAGCUUCUUUAAUAAGGCCAAAUAUCAGCACUAAUAUAUAAUGGAAAUGCUUUUGCACAACUGUGAGGUAUUGUGUGUGUGUAUGUUUGUGUGUUUGUUUGUGUUUGUGUGUGUGUGUUUGUGUGUGCAUGUGUGUGUUUGUGUGUGUGAGUGUGUGUGUGUGCAUGUUUGUGUGUGCAUGUUUGUGUGUGUGAGAAUAUGUGUAGUUUGUUUGUGUGUGUGUGCAUAUGUGUGUUUGUGUGUGUGUGUGUGUGCGCGCACAUGUGUGUGUGCGUGUGUGUGUGUUUGUGUGUGUGUGUUUAUGUGUGUGCAUGUGUGUGUGUGUGUGUGAGGGGUCCUGAUUGAUGUGGGCUCAUGUCAUGUUCAGCACUGUGCGUGUACCUUUGAGAACUAUUGAAUAGCUCUGAACCAAAUUCUGUAUCUGAAUAUGAAAUGCAAAUCUGAACAUAUUUGAAACUCUGAUCAUUUUUUUCAUAAUGGUUCAUAAUUGCAAGUUAGUAAUUUUCAAGUUUAUUUAGUGUUUAUUUUGCUGGUGCCUGAACUACAAAUAUCACAGUAACAAUCAUUGAAUGUCUUGUCAAUAAAACACAACAGUGCUUUUUAGGUGAAUCCGGGUCAAUAUUUUACCACAAAAAUGACAAAAAUGUAAUUGCAUUAAGAAAAUGAAGCGUAUUGUAGGGCCUUUAAUGUUUUUUUGCAUUGUGAAAGUAUUAUCAUCACAAAUGCAAAAUAAAAUAUGAUUGUAGUAUUGACAAUCAUAUUUUAUUUUGCAUUACAAACAUUACAAACAUUACAGAUUAUUGUAAUUCAAAUUAUCCUGUCCAGGAAUAAUAUUUAUUUGGCCAGCCUUUAUAAUUAAAUUAUACUUAAACUUGUACUUUACCAAUGAACUUUAUACUUUAAAUAAAAUUCAAUUUUUCCACA